CAUAUGAAUGGAUUGGAUUGAAUAAGGCAGGCGACUUAGGGGAGAUCAUGAUAAUUCAACUUCCCAGUUCAGAGGCUUCUCGUGCACACUCGACUCUCCCUCUCCCUGACUGGUCCUCUCCUUUCUCAGACCCACCUCCGUCCACCGUUCAUCCUUCGUCGUCCUGACUGGCUGAUGCCUCUCGUCCAUCUCUCAGACUCCCUGAACUCCGCUUCUCCGACCACCAGGCACAACCAUCAUCUCCUCUCAAGUUUCAACUCCCGACUCCGACUCCGACCACCAUCAUCUCAAGGUUCAAUUGGACGCAUUCUCUCGGGAACUGCUGCUUUGGUCUCAAAGACGAUUAUAAGCAGAGACAUUUUUCGUAUCAAAUUUAUGUGAUUUGGUCAGAGUCCAGAUUACCUCGCAAUGUUCUGUGAUCCUUUCUAAUAUUGUGCACUUCCUGAUUUAUGUGUUUAUGUGGUUGUGAUUUAUGUGUUUGAUAGAGAUUGUGAUUUAUGUGGUUUCUGUGAUCCUUUCUAAUAUUGUUCACAGUCGGAACUGCUAAAAUUGAGUGGAAAUGUUGGACUAGUUAGGCUAAUAUAGAUUAUUGUUUGAUGCUUAUAGGUAAGAUGAUUAUUUCAUGCCUGCCAAUUAGAGUAGAAAACAAAGCUUGAUCCUCCCUAUUAUUUAUUUCUUCUUCUUUUCCUACAACUUUUAUGCUUUCAGAACAAUGGUUCUGUCUAAGCAAGAAAAUCUUGAUGGACGAUCUCUAUAUUACUUGGGAAGUUGAUGACAUUCUUAUAUUUCUUUCUCCUUCGCUCGUUGGAUUUUUUUAUUUAUUUUUAUAUUAUUUUCUUUGUGUAUUAUCACAUUUGCUCGUCCGUGUUUGUUCUUGGGAUGACCGGGCUUUAAAGCGGAGGCAUAAUUCUUUUUGGACUACUGUUCUGGUUUCUAUUCCCUGACAAAGUUUUCAUUUAGAGACUAAGCAUAGCCAUAUAAUUGCUUAAGUUUCAGAAUACAAUUAGGUGGAUGCUUAUUGACAAGUAAAGAAUGGAUGAGACCAUGAAGCAAUUCCAGAAAAGCUUAAUUGAACUCGAGACUGAAGCUGAGCAUCUCCUCCUAGCUAGAAACCAGAUGGUUGAAAAUGACAGGGUGAGGAAUGGGAACAGAGAAGCACUUACAUCUCUGAGGAAGAUAGCUCGGACAACCAAAACUAGUGUUCCAUCUCCUUUUGAGUCAAUAAUGAAGGGAAUUGGGGGGCCUCAAUCAAGACCUCUGGUGAAGGAGGUAUGCCCUACCUGUGGCAACCAUGAUUCAAAUGAGCGCACUUGGAUGAUGUUCCCGGGAACUGAUGUCUUUGCAAGGAUUCCAUUUCAUGCUGCCCAUACGAUCUUGGAGACAGAACAAGAGCAACUUGAUUUAGACUCUAGAAGGUUGCAAGGCAUUGUGAAGGAAAAAUCCCUUGUGAUUUCGGACAAAGGUGCCCUUGCUGACAAGAUCUGUCCGGGUGUGCUGAAGUCCUUGGUAACCCUGACAGACAAACCAAAGGAUUGAUUGGAAUGGAAAAGCUAGCAAUUGUCACUACUUGUGGAAUAGGAAAAGUGUGAUGUAUCUUAUUUAGAUUUCACCUCCCCCUUACUUGUGUUACAAAAAGUUGUGAUAUGAUGUGUGGUGUAAGCAAACUGUGUUUCUUUCGCUGCGCCGGAGGACAAGCGUGCUUGUCUUGGGAAGGAGAGGAACUGAACCGUGGAUCACUUUGCAGGCAGAGUGGCACAAGAAAUGGUGGGUUUUUUUUCUACACUUGUAUUGCUGUUCAGUUGAUUUCUCGUAGUUUUGUGGGCACUCUAGUAUAACGCAAUACAAGCGUGAUAGCAUAUUAGCCGUCAAUCCAGAUGGAUAUAACUAUGAAUCAACAUCUGUUGGAAGUCUAAAUUUGGUUGACGUAGGA